AUGGCACCAAUCACGCGGAAUACUUCACUUAAGGCGCUUCAAACGAGGUUGAAGGCUCUCCUGGGAAUGUUCGACGAUAUUUACCGUUUUGUCGACUCGAUGGGUGAAGACACUCCAGCGACUGCAGCUACAGUUCGUCUAGAGAAAAUGGACGAAUUAUGGGAUCAGAUCAACGACGCAACCAUGGAGAUCGAGAUGCAAGACGAUUUCGAUGACGAUAACGAAAUCUACUCCAGGAAACGAUCGGAAUUUGGCGAUCGUUAUUACAGGGCGAAAUCUUUGCUUCUUGAGAAGGUCAAGGAGCCGGAGGAGAAGUUGAACCUUUCAAAUACCAACCAACAACCAACUCAUGAGGACGUUAGACUCCCACAAAUCAAGUUGCAGGCCUUUGAUGGCAACAUUGAUGAGUGGUUGAGCUUUAGGGAUCUGUAUUUGUCAUUGAUUCAUUGCAAAACAGACUUACCAGAGGUAGAAAAAUUCCACUAUUUAAAGGGGUGUUUAAUAGGUGAACCUAGGUCGUUGAUAGAUUCACUUGCUAUCACCAAGGCGAACUAUCAGAUAGCGUGGGAUGCGGUGAUGAAGCGGUUUAAUGAUAGCAAGAUGUUCAAGCGUAGACAGGUGCAGGCCCUUUUCGAUUUGCCUAACGUUGCAAGGGAAUCGGUAGUAAAGGUUGUUGACAACGGUACCGUCGAGCUGGCCACCCUGUCUCUACCGGUUCCACCGCUUGAACGAUAA